AUGGAGACCAUUACUGAUUUCCACCACCCUUCCUUGGGUGUCGUGCGAGCUUGGACUUCGCCUUCCACCCGCCAAUUUCUCGGUCUUCGGUAUGCUACACUGACUGGGAAAUGGGCCACCCCUGUUAUUUUAGAAGGUGACCCUAAUAAUGUCGUGGAUGCCACAACGCUGGGCCCCUCUGUCCCAUCGCCAUCAAACGGCAUCGACAUUGAGUUCAGUCACAUUCAAAGAAGACUCCCAGUUCCCGAGCUCCGGCAGUCCGACACUGAAUGUCUCAAUCUAAACAUCACCACCCCGAAGGAUGCCUCAGCCGGAGUCAACCUGCCGGUUAUUGUCUUCAUUCACGGAGGAGGAUUUGCGAUUGGCGCCAAUUCUUGGCCCCAGUAUGAUUUCCGUCGUCUCGUUGAACUUUCAAUAAGGGACGGACUGCCUGUAAUUGGGAUGAACAUUAACUAUCGCCUCGGGGCACUCGGGUUCUUAACAUCAAACGAGCUGGUUUCCCACGGAUACAAACCAAACAAUGGUCUCCAUGACCAACGAGCUGCCUUGUUAUGGAUCAAAAAGCAUAUUUCCGGAUUCGGAGGCAAUCCAGAUGAUGUCACGCUGGUUGGCGAGAGUGCUGGUGGAGUUUCCGCAACGCAUCAUCUUCAGUCGGAAGUGCCCUUGUUCAAACGGAUGGUCAGCAUGAGUGGCACGAACCUGCUCAUGCAACCGCUUCCUGAACAGGUAACCGAAUAUACAUACAAAGCCAUUGUUGAUCGGUUAGGCCUAGCCUCGUGGCCAGUUACCGAGCGAGUCAACGAGCUGGUAAAAAUGGAUACUGAAAAGCUGCUUCAGGCCAGUUCACCGAAUCUUCCUUUACUUCCAGCAGCUGGAGGGGAUCUCGGUCUCAAACCGCAUACAUAUGCUGAAAUUUAUCAAGGGUCCCGCGGCUCCCUUGAUAUUCCGGGCCGCAAGUGGUGUGAGGAAAUCAUGAUUGGCGACUGCCAGAUGGAUGCGAGCAUUCUUUCUAUGAUGCUAAAUUACGAAAGAGACGAGAUUGGGUCUACUUUCCGAGAAUCCUUGACGCUGUCAUUGGGCUCGGCAGAUAAGGCAAAAGAGGUCCUCACAGCAUACACCAUUACUGAGGAUAUACCCGGUGAAGAUGCACUUAAAAGGAUUCUCCAGUUCGCAAGCGAUAUCUCCUUUUUCAUACCCGUCCUCAAUUACGGGCACUGCUGGUCUGGGAAUGCCUUUAUUUACUGUUUCAACGAGCCCAACUCCUGGGACGGUCCAUGGAAGGGCUAUGCAACUCAUAUCCUGGACGUUUCCUAUCUGUUCCAGAACUAUAAUGAACAGCUUUCAGAGCCUCAGCGUGCAGUUGCAUCUCAGUUUGGGCGUGACUUGGUUGCUUUCUCUAGUGGACGUGCUCCAUGGCCCGCAUUCAAAUACGAGACAAUGGACUUGUAUGCUCGAGUGUAUGGGGGGCAAGGCCCAGGCGCCUCAGGAAAGGUUGCAACUGUUCUUGCACCACAUCCCCGCACGGAACGCACUGGAAUAAUCUCCAGUCUAAUGCAGAGUAUCCCAGCGGAUGAUUUGUCGAGGGCUUGGGGAAGCUUUAUGGCCGGCCAUUGA